AUGGCAUCCAGUGGCCCCAUCCUCCCUCCGUCUAUCACAGCACCCAAUGGCCCGUACCCGUCUAUCACAGCACCCAAUGGCCCAUACUUCUCUAUCACAGCACCCAAUGGCCCGUACCCGUCUAUCACAGCACCCAAUGGCCCAUACUUCUCUAUCACAGCACCCAAUGGCCCGUACCCAUCUAUCACAGCACCCAAUGGCCCGUACCCAUCUAUCACAGCACCCAAUGGCCCGUACCCGUCUAUCACAGCACCCAAUGGCCUGUACUUCUCUAUCACAGCACCCAAUGGCCCGUACCCAUCUAUCACAGCACCCAAUGGCCCGUACUUCUCUACCACAGCACCCAAUGGCCCAUACUUCUCUAUCACAGCACCCAAUGGCCCGUACCCGUCUAUCACAGCACCCAAUGGCCCGUACCCGUCUAUCACAGCACCCAAUGGCCCAUACUUCUCUAUCACAGCACCCAAUGGCCCGUACCCGUCUAUCACAGCACCCAAUGGCCCGUACUUCUCUAUCACAGCACCCAAUGGACCGUACCCGUCUAUCACAGCACCCAAUGGACCGUACCCGUCUAUCACAGCAUCCAAUGGCCCGUACUUCUCUAUCACAGCACCCAAUGGCCCGUACCCGUCUAUCACAGCACCCAAUGGCCCAUACUUCUCUAUCACAGCACCCAAUGGCCCGUACCCGUCUAUCACAGCACCCAAUGGCCCAUACUUCUCUAUCACAGCACCCAAUGGCCCGUACCCGUCUAUCACAGCACCCAAUGGCCCGUACUUCUCUAUCACAGCACCCAAUGGCCCGUACCCGUCUAUCACAGCACCCAAUGGCCCAUACUUCUCUAUCACAGCACCCAAUGGCCCGUACCCGUCUAUCACAGCACCCAAUGGCCCAUACUUCUCUAUCACAGCACCCAAUGGCCCGUACCCGUCUAUCACAGCAUCCAAUGGCCCGUACUUCUCUAUCACAGCACCCAAUGGCCCGUACCCGUCUAUCACAGCACCCAAUGGACCGUACCCGUCUAUCACAGCACCCAAUGGCCCGUACUUCUCUAUCACAGCACCCAAUGCACCCAAUGGCCCGUACCCGUCUAUCACAGCACCCAAUGGCCCGUACUUCUCUAUCACAGCACCCAAUGGCCCGUACCCGUCUAUCACAGCACCCAAUGGCCCAUACUUCUCUAUCACAGCACCCAAUGGCCCGUACCCGUCUAUCACAGCACCCAAUGGCCCAUACUUCUCUAUCACAGCACCCAAUGGCCCGUACCCGUCUAUCACAGCAUCCAAUGGCCCGUACUUCUCUAUCACAGCACCCAAUGGCCCGUACCCGUCUAUCACAGCACCCAAUGGACCGUACCCGUCUAUCACAGCACCCAAUGGCCCGUACUUCUCUAUCACAGCACCCAAUGGCCCGUACCCGUCUAUCACAGCACCCAAUGGCCCAUACUUCUCUAUCACAGCACCCAAUGGCCCGUACCCGUCUAUCACAGCACACAAUGGCCCAUACUUCUCUAUCACAGCACCCAAUGGCCCAUGCUCCUCACAGCAGGGCUCUGCUCUGCCCUUCCCACUAGGAAGCCUGAGUCCAAGCACUUUGAAAUCCACGGGUCUCUUUCUGUUGACGUCCGUGGGCUUUGGAUGA